AUGUAUGUGUCGGUCAACAUUGUAGCCUUUGGGAAUGAAAGAGAUGGCUUUUCUGAGGACAAUCAGCAGCCGAGCCUGAUCUGGAGCUAUCUUGGGAGAAGCGCUCUCAUUUCCCAGAUCGACAGCAGCCUGUCUGCCAGUCACGUUGGAAACCCAGUUUUUACCGAGUAUCAAGCCUGCGUGUUUGGAAAUGUCAGGCUGGUGGUACACGACUGUCCUGUCUGGGAUAUAUUUGACAGUGACUGGUACACCUCCCGCAGUCUCAUUGGAGGAGCCGAUAUUGUUGUGAUUAAGUACUCUGUCAAUGACAAGACUUCAUUUCAAGAGCUAAAGGACAGUUACGCCCCAAUGAUAAAAAAAGCAUUAAACCACUGUUCAGUUCCAGUAAUAAUUUCUGCCAUUGGUGCAAGAAAGAACGGAGUGCCUUGCACCUGCCCCCUGUGCACUUCAGACAGGAGGAGCUGCGUCACCACCUCUGAGGGCGUGCAGCUGGCCAAGGAACUGGGCGCUACGUACCUCGAGUUGCACACUCUUAAUGACUUCUACAUACAGAAGUACUUUGGAGGAGUGCUGGAAUAUUUUAUGAUCCAAAGUUUGAAUCAGAAGUCAUCUGAAAAAAUGAAGAAGAGGAAAAAGACGCAGAAGUGCCAUCGAGUUCAACCACCUCAGCUUGAACAGCCAGAAAAAAUGCCAAUCUUAAAGGGCGAAGCCUCACACUACGACGCAGACCUGCACAACCUGCUCUGCUGCUGCCAGUGUGCGGACGUGGCGUUUUACCCCGAAGACCUCAGCACGGUGGUGGAGGCUCACAAGAUCAUCCUCUGCUCCGUCAGCCACCUCUUCAUGCUGCUUUUCGAGGUGAAGAGCCCCGCCGAUAUCCAUGAUGCCUCCAUCGUGCGGACAGCGCAGAGCCUCUGUGCCCCACCGGUGAGGGUGAUGGUGAAGGACUCCGUCUUCUGCUCUUGUCUGCCAGUCAUCCUCCACUUCAUUUAUUCAGGUGCUUUCCAGUGGGAACGAUUGGAAGAGGAUAUAAAAAAGAAGUUGAAGGAUCCAGAAAAAACUGAACAUGUGCUCGAGAAAGUUAAGUGCAUCCUGAAAACUCCAGGGAAGCUAAACACUGUACGAGACUGCAGAUCUCACCAGAUAAAACGGCUGUAUAAUACUUCUCUCAGGCUGUUCUUUAACACGCCUGUCCUAGCCGACGUCAUCUUCAAAAUACAAGGUGCAACUGUACCAGCCCACAGAGCAGUUCUGGUAGCUCGCUGUGAGGUAAUGGCAGCUAUGUUUAAUGGUAAUUAUCUAGAAGCAAAUAGUAUUCUGGUUCCGGUGUAUGGGGUUUCCAAAGACACUUUCCUCUCCUUUCUAGAGUAUCUUUAUACCGACUCCUGCUGCCCAGCCAGCAUUCUCCAAGCUAUGUCUCUCCUGAUCUGUGCAGAAAUGUACCAAGUAAUGAGACUUCAGCACAUCUGUGAGCUUUACAUCAUCACGCAGCUUCAAAGCAUGCCUAGCCGGGAACUGGCAUCCACAAGUCUAAGCAUCGUUAGCUUGCUCAAAAAAGCUAAGUUUCACAAUUCUGAUUGUCUUUCAACUUGGCUUCUUCAUUUUAUUGCUACUAACUACCUCAUCUUCAGUCAAAAGCCUGAAUUUCAAGAUCUUUCAGUGGAGGAGCGCAAUUUUGUAGAGAUGCACAGAUGGCCUUCCAAUCUGUACCUGAAGCAGCUUGCGGACUACAGGAACUAUGUCCACUCCCAGAAAUGCCACUGCACAGUAAUGUAGAGAAGACCCAACGCAGCCCGAGUGCAUCGUGACUGGGAGAUCUCAGGCUGGGAAUUCUGCGGAGCAUAAAAACCGUGUCAGGAGCAAAACCAGAUUCUGAUCUCCCACGGAACGCUGUAUGCCAUGCCAUACUGCACUUACUAAUGCCUCUUGCUUUGAUAAUAACCCCCCCUACUUUUUUCCUUAAAACACUGAGAAAUGUAUCAUGACAAUUUCUUUCAAGCACAAGGGUUUCACACACGUGGGGAUUAAGCGUAGUGCGGGACAGUGUCAUGACUGCCAUCUGGUCCCCCUUCUAAUUUCUUUAUCAGCUAUUUUAUUCAUUUUCAUGGUUAUUUUUGGCUGCUAAAAAAGCAUCUGUUCAAAACAGAUUUUUUGGUAGGUCUGUGUACAACAGGGUCGCGGUAGCAGUGCAGGAAAGCUGAGAAGCCAACUCAUAAGUUCUUUAAAUAUUUCAGAAUGCAAAAAUUUCCUGCAGUUUCUGUUGGUCUGCAAAAUGAAGGGCAGGCUUAAUAAGCAUUUUAGGUGCUAUUCAUUUUGUACUUCAGGUUAAGUCUGCAGUUCCUUUUACCGAGACUCUUACAGCCCUUCAAGCGGAUAUUUUCAUUCCAGAGGAAUGUCUAUGCAUGACUAUGUUCCCUAGUGCCUCUCAAGUGUCUAAAAAAUGAAAUAGUUUUUUCUCCCAGUAAACAGGAGAAGAAAGUCUGGUUUAAAUAAUCUGUGGAACACCUUUGUUAGCAUGGUCAUAUUGCAUUUUUUCCCCCUAAGGAAAAAAGUUGGAAAGAACUAAGUCCGC